AUGUCGCUGUGGAGCGGACAGCACAGAGGCAGAAGUCUCCAGCUGAUUCAGGCGCCAUCUUUGUCUGAACAUAAACAACAUCAUCGCCUCGCGUUUGUCCGUCAGAAUCUCUCCUCUGCACACAAGUGUCCUGCCGCUGUCGCCCAUGUUUGGUACAGGAGAAGAGCCUUUCGGCGCAGGCUGGAGGGGUCGUGUCCGUUAGAAAUGGGAAUCCCGAGCGGGUUUCCUCGCCGGGGGGAGGAGGCGUGA